AUGCGCGAGUUCAAGGUAGUCGUCCUCGGCUCGGGCGGGGUAGGCAAGAGUGCACUUACUGUGCAAUUUGUUUCGGGAUGUUUCAUGGAGAAGUACGAUCCGACGAUCGAAGACUUUUAUCGGAAGGAGAUCGAAGUGGACAACUCGCCGUGUGUACUCGAGAUCCUCGACACCGCCGGCACCGAACAAUUCGCGAGUAUGCGCGAUCUAUACAUAAAGAACGGCCAGGGAUUCGUCGUAGUUUACAGUCUGACGAAUCAUCAGACUUUCCAGGAUAUCAAAGCGAUGAAGGAAUUGAUAACACGCGUCAAAGGUACCGAGAGGGUGCCCGUAUUACUGGUCGCCAACAAGCUCGAUCUCGAGCAUCAACGCGAAGUGGAUACCGCCGAGGGCAACGCUCUGGCGCAACUCUGGGGAUGUCCAUUCGUCGAGGCAUCCGCGAAACACCGCACAAAUGUGAAUGACGUGUUUGCGGAGAUUGUACGCGAGAUGAACGUCAGCCCUGAGAAAGAGAAGAAGAGCUACUGUUGUUGCAGCAUCCUCUAAUAAUCAAUCAAAAUCCUGAACCAUGGGCUAACCAAGCCACGUUAGGUAAAGGAAAUCCAUAUAGUGGCUGGAUCGCAGUACACUUGGUGAAACUUUUGUUCAUCCAGUGCGUUCUCUCUCUCUCUCUCUCUCUCUCUCUCUCUUUCUCUUUUAGGCUCAACUUUUGGGCUUGUGCUGUGAAUUCGCCAAUCUGUAAGACUAAUACUAUGAUCAUAAACGCCUGGAUUCUUGUGAAUUUGAAAUAUGUCAAAGACUCAUGCCGUCUCUUGGUUCUUUUUCUAUUGGAAGAUCAUAGCCUGCUAUUUGGCUGGCUGUUAAAUAUUUUAAUAUACAUGGAUAGUAUUAUGUGUAAUAUUAUUGUAAUAUAUAAUAGUAGAUAUAAGUGGGCAAUGAAAAGAGGUAACUCCGUCAGCAAAGGACCAAUACUCCGAGAGAGAGAAAUAAGGAAAGGAAAUAGCAAAAUGAAAUAG